AGGAAGCUGACUAUAUGCGCAUGCGCGUUCCUGUGUCGAGGAUGUUUGCGUCCCUUGUGCUGACAAGAAAUCUUUGUUUUUCAACGCAUCCUUUUCUCCUUGAUAGACUAUCUGUGUUAAUGGGAGGUAUUACUCAUCAAGAUAUGUGGCUGAGUCUAUGAUGAAGCUAACACGUAAGCAUGUUCUCACGGAGGCAAAGGCCUCCGACUUGGAGAGCGUGAGGAAACUGAACUGCUGGGGAUGCAAGCUGACUGAUGUUUCUAUUCUAUCUCAAAUGCCAAACAUUGAAGUGCUGACACUAAGUACCAACAGCAUCUCAUCCCUUGCGCCUCUGGCUGGAUGCUUGUCUCUGUGUGAGCUCUACCUGAGAAGGAACAUGAUCGCCUCACUCUCGGAGCUUUGUUACUUGCGUCCGAUGACACGGCUCCGAGUAUUGUGGUUAGCUGACAACCCUUGUUGUGGGGAGAACUCCAGUCAGUAUCGGCUGACAGUCCUGCGCUGCCUACCUGGGCUGCAGAAGCUGGACAACCAAGUAGUGACAGAGGAUGAGACUGCAUUAGCUCAGUUGGAGGGCAAGGAGAUCAGUGCACCACCAAACGCAGCUCAGCAACAGCUUUCUACCAACGGACUUACCAACACAGCGAAAGAGAACACCUCUCGCAGCCGUGAAGUGGAGGAAAUCAAAGAGGAGUUGCGGGUGAAGCCCCAGUCCAAAGACCAGUUCCCCUGUCUUCAUUCUCAAUCAACCAGAUCAUCCAUGAAAAAGACACACACGCUUGAUGCAGUGCUGCUUCUCCUGAGGGACUUGGAUCACGAGGAGCUCCGCAUUGUGCACGCGGAGGCACAGAACCGACUCAGGACUUUCACACUGGACUCAUUAGAAACGUUACGAGAUUUGCAAGCAUCGAAAUCCGCUGACAUCCAACACUGAAAUGAUUUUUUUGCAUACAUUGAGUCCUAAGUCUCACAAUUAACUGUUCAUGACUUGAAACGGGGUCACAACAGCUGCCCCCGCCCCUCCCUUUUGCACAACUGCAUGCAUUUACAACAUUCACAUAUGCUCACUUCAUGCUCUACUAAACAUCUGAUGACUUUGUUGUAUCAUGAAUACCUGCCUUACACGAAGAAAAUAAUAUAUGUUUUAUGAAAGGUUAACCUAUUUCUGUAUUUAAAGAGAUGACCUGCAA